AUGCCCUCAGAAACAGAUCCCCGUGCCUAUGCAUACCUCGUUGGCAUUGGAGUGACCCACUCUAUCGCUCCACCCAUGCACAACUACAUCGCAAAAGCACUAGGUCAUGACUGGACGUUCCUGGCAAAAGAGUGUCCGACGGUUGAAGAUGCCGUACAACUGUUUCGACGAUCUGACUUCGCCGGUGGAGUGGUGACCAUGCCUUACAAGCGCACCAUCAUGGACCACCUGGACGGUCUGGACGAAUACGCUAUCCGGCUGGGGGCGUGCAACAACGUAUACCGGACGUCUGACGGAAAGCUAAGAGGUACCAAUACAGACUGGCGAGGAAUUAAGGGAUGUUUGCUGGGAGCGAGCGCAGCAGGCAGGGGAAAGCCGGCUGUGCUCAUUGGCGCUGGAGGAGCGGCGCGGGCGGCAAUAUUCACCCUGCACGACCAACUGGAGUGCCAUCAGAUCUAUCUGGUGAAUCGAGACCGCGAUGAAGUCAAGGUCCUCUUGGACGAAGCAAAACAGGUGUAUGGCGAUGGCUUGGAAAUAAUUUACGUCGAGCGCGCCGAGCAGGUCAAUACUCUUCCAUCGCCGUAUUACAUCGUGGGGACUGUUCCGGAUGCCGAACCCAGUACCCCAGAUGAAAUUCAGGUUCACCAAAUCAUCGGAUCAUUCUUGUCAACCCCUCAAGAGAAGGGUGUUCUACUCGAUAUGUGCUUCAAGCCACGAAAUACGCGCAUCCUGCAAGCUGGAAAGGCAAACGGCUGGAGGACCCCAGCAAUCGCAUCCAUGUCCUUGGGAAGAGCCUGGGUACAUUCUCUCCCCGAAAAGCUCGCCCAGGCAGCGAAAGCAGGAUUCAAAGGUGUCGAAAUAUUUUACGAAGAUUUGGAAUAUCUCGCUAAAGAAAAAGGGCCCGUGACUGAGUCUGCCUUACUUUCUGCCGCUCAAGAGACGAGAGCAAUCUGCGACCACCAUGGCCUCAAAGUGAUCGGAAUGCAACCAUUCUUGUUCUAUGAAGGCUUAACGGAUCGAGCACAGCACCAGGAAAAGAUCGAGCGCCUUAAGCUGUGGUUUGUCAUAGUCAAGAUUCUGGGCACCGAUAUCAUCCAAAUACCUUCUAACUUUCAAGCCGACGGAAUAUCGGGUGAUCUGGAUUUGAUUGUUUCCGACAUGGUCGAAGUCGCAGACCUGGGACUGAAAGAGGAGCCUGUCGUCCGAUUUGCAUACGAGAAUCUCGCCUGGGGUACUUUCAUUUCAACGUGGGAGAGUUUGUGGGAGGUGGUUCGACGUGUGGACCGGCCUAAUUUCGGGUGUUGUCUGGACACCUUCAACAUCGCCGGACGGGUCUGGGCCGACCCUGCCAGUAUCUCUGGUACGACACCAGAUGCAGACACGGCAUUGGCUGCAUCAUUAAAGAGCCUCGUUCGGACGGUCGAUGUGAACAAGGUGUUUUACGUGCAGGUUGUCGACGCAGAAAGAAUGCAACGGCCGUUGAUCGAGGGCCAUCCUUUUUAUGUCGAAGGACAGCCGGCGCGGAUGAGCUGGAGUCGCAAUGCCAGACUGUUCCUCUAUGAGCAAGAGCGCGGUGGUUAUCUCCCAGUAGUACAGGUAGCUGAAGCAUUCUUGAAAGGUCUUGGCUUUGAAGGGUGGGUGUCAAUGGAGUUGUUUUCGAGGUCGAUGGCCGAUCCAGAUUCGACAGUGCCGGAGACACAUGCACAACGGGGCAUUAAAGCUUGGAAGAGGCUGGCGGAGGAGCUGGAUCUCUAG